UUUUCUCCUCCUUCUUCUUCUUUCCCCCUCCCUUCUCAGAUCCUCCACGCAGCUGAGCCGAGCAUCCCACGCAGUCUGCGUGCGUCUCCGGUCCACGCUGCGCCAACACACCCGACAGGAAGAACGCGCGGAUGGAGGGUUGCGCAUAGAUGUUUCCAUUGAAGAGCGCUGCAUGAAAUUCUCGCGUUGUGAUUUUUAACUACUGUGGGAUAAGCUUCCAUCUCCGAGCAGAAGCAGAAGUAGGAUAUUAUUGGACCAAGAGGGGAGCACAACCGCAGCUCCGGGUUGCUGGGGGAAGGCUGGGCGCGCUGGAAACACGCACAGUCGCGGAUCAUGCUUAUGGGAACUUCCUAUUCCGUCUCCUUAAGAGUGGCUCGGCCUGAUGUUCUAUCAUGACUGAUGGCCACGGGAGAGCGCACUUUCAGUAUGCAGAUAGCCCGGAGGGGCAAGAUCAGGAGCAGGAGGAGGUUUUGGAGGAGGUGAAGCUCGCUAUCCUGAAAUCCUACCAGGAUGAUUUAGAACCUGGAGACCUCUGUGAUGAGGAGCACAUGGAGCGCACCGGUAGAUGUAGCAGCAGGAGGAGGAAUGGUGAAACAGAAGAAGCUCAAGUUCGGCAGGUGCAGGAAGCGGAGCUGGAUAUUGAUGUCGGACCAACAAUGGAAGUUCGCGUCGUGGCUCCCAUACGGGAUCCAGACUGUGUCUCUGAGGAGGAGGAGGAGCAGCAGCCGUACCCUGCCCUGGCCCCCGUGGCCUUUGUCUUCUUAAAGCAAACCACACGGCCUCGCAACUGGUGUCUCCGUGUUGUGUGUAACCCGUGGUUCGAGCAUGUGUCCAUGUUGGUGAUCCUCCUCAACUGCGUCACCCUGGGGAUGUUCCAGCCGUGUGAAGAUGUCACCUGCUUGUCAGAGUGGUGUCGCAUACUCCAGGUUUUGGAUGACUGUAUAUUUGCUUUCUUUGCGGUGGAAAUGAUCAUCAAGAUGGUGGCCCUGGGGAUUUUUGGCAGUAACUGUUACCUUGGCGAUAAGUGGAACCAGCUGGACUUUGUCAUCGUCAUGGCAGGGGUGUUGGAGUACUCUCUGGAUGGACAUAAUGCCAGUUUCUCAGCCAUUCGUACUGUACGAGUACUGAGGCCUCUACGAGCCAUCAAUAGAGUACCAAGUAUGAGAAUCUUGGUGACGCUUCUAUUGGACACCCUUCCUAUGUUGGGAAAUGUCCUACUCCUCUGCUUCUUUGUCUUUUUCAUCUUUGGGAUUGUUGGGGUCCAGCUGUGGGCGGGGCUUCUGCGAAACCGCUGCUUUCUGGGAGGGGAGAUCAGAACAAAAUACAACUUGUCAAUCAGUCCCUACUACAUGUCGGAGGAUGGUGAAGAUAGCCCAUUUAUCUGCUCGGCAGCUCGUGAAAACGGUAUGCUUCGCUGCCAUGAUGUUCCGGCCUACACCGAGGCCAAGACUGAGUGCCAGUUACCGGCACCUCACCAAAAUUCAGAUUUGAUUGGAGCAACCCCUACAGUGGGCGGGGCCAGUGUAAAUGGAUGUGUUAAUUGGAACCAGUACUACAAUGUGUGUCACCCUGGAGAUCACAACCCUCACAAGGGAGCUGUCAACUUUGACAACAUUGGCUAUGCUUGGAUUGCUAUUUUCCAGGUCAUCACACUGGAAGGAUGGGUGGAUAUCAUGUACUAUGUCAUGGAUGCUCAUUCAUUCUACAAUUUUAUAUAUUUUAUACUGCUCAUUAUUGUGGGAUCUUUCUUCAUGAUCAACUUGUGCCUCGUGGUCAUCGCCACCCAGUUCUCAGAGACGAAGCAACGGGAGAACGCUCUUAUGAGGGAACAGCGUGCUCGCUACAUGUCCAAUGAUUCCACGCUUGCCAGUUACAGUGAACCAGGCUCGUGCUAUGAGGAAAUGCUGCGCUACAUCAGUCACCUUUACCGGAAGUUCACACGCAGACUCCAGAGGAUAUACUCUGGAUGGCACAGUAAAAGGCGUAAAAAGGUGAAUCCUAACAGCAGUGGUGGAGGCAAUAAUGGUGGAGGUAAUGGACACGGCCAUGGCUCUAGCAGGGGCUCGGGCCCAGGUAGCGCUGUGUGGUUGAGGCCAAUACACAGCCUAUUGCAGCACCAUCAGCACCAGCACUGUCGGCUCCCCAAUGGGGGGCAGCACAUGAGCAGCCUGGCAAGCACUGAAAACUUGGCUGGAGAAGGAGGUGUGGGUGGAGCCGUGGAACUGGAGAUGAAGUCACUUCCUGUUAGUAAAGGGAGUACAAAUGGAAAUAGCAGUGGCGGCAAUCAGUCAGUCGUUACCCAAGGCAUGGGGGCCUUGCUCAGAAGACUAAACGGAGGGAUGAACUACCCAACCAUUCUCCCAUCAUUUGUGUGCAGCUACAGCAGCAAGACACCACCACCUCACUCCCAGCAAGGUGGUUGCAGUCCAGAUCAGCAUCCGCCAAACCACUCCACGUCCGAACACACAGACAAAGUGAACAAGCUCUACCAGCUUGUGGGACAGCACAGUCACCAGAGUGUGCUGUACCAGCUGGCAGGCGUGGUACCCAGUCCACUGCUCCUGGAACUACUGAGCUGCCCUCUCUGUGCCCGCAGCCUGGAGACCUUGGAGCUGGAGUUGGGUGACUUGGAGGGUUGCACGGGAGAAGCUGAUGGACUGCACGACUUCCCCCAGGGAGGAGAUCUGAGAAGUGGGCGAGGUCGGGGCAGACGACAUGGGGCUGUGGUGUACAAGAACGGCGCACUUCGGGCAUGGAUGAACUUCAGGGAGAAAUUGAAGAGAAUAGUGGAGAGCAAAUACUUUAACAGAGGGAUCAUGAUUGCCAUCCUUGUCAACACUCUCAGCAUGGGGAUAGAGUACCAUGAGCAGCCAGAGGAGUUGACGGAUGUGCUCGAGAUCAGCAACAUCGUCUUCACUAGCAUGUUUGUGUUAGAGAUGGGCUUCAUGCUGCUGGCUUUCGGCCUGUUUGGAUACAUCAGAAAUCCAUACAACAUAUUUGACAGCAUCAUUGUUAUCAUCAGUGUGUGGGAGAUAAUUGGUCAAGCUGACGGCGGGUUGUCGGUCCUGCGUACUUUCCGUCUGCUUCGGGUUCUGAAGUUGGUUCGCUUCCUUCCUGCAUUGAGGAGACAACUUGUCGUCCUGAUGAAGACGAUGGAUAAUGUGGCCACCUUCUGCAUGCUUCUGAUGCUAUUCAUCUUCACCUUUAGCAUAUUGGGCAUGCAUUUGUUUGGUUGCAAAUUUAGUCUUCAGACAGAUGAUGGAGACACCAUUCCUGACCGCAAGAACUUUGACACUCUACUGUGGGCCAUCGUCACCGUAUUUCAGAUUCUAACCCAGGAGGACUGGAAUGUGGUGCUGUAUAAUGGUAUGGCCUCCACCUCCCCAUGGGCGGCCCUCUACUUUGUUGCCCUGAUGACAUUUGGAAACUACGUGCUUUUCAACUUGCUGGUGGCCAUCUUGGUUGAAGGCUUCCAGGCUGAGGGUGAUGCAAAUCGCUCUGAGUCGGAUGAUGACAAAAAGUCAGACAACUUCGAGGAGGAUGAGAAAGUAGAACACCUCAGAGACACUGAGCUAAAGAUGUAUACGCUAAUGAUGACGGCCAAUGGUCAUGUCGACCCUCAUAGUUCAAUGGCUCCUCCCAUAAUCAUGCGAACGGCAGCCACCCCCAUGCCCACUCCAAAGAGUUCUCUGGGCCCGGAGUCCUACCUGGAGGAGGAGGUCAUGGUGAGAGAGGGAGUUCUGCAAUAUGGAGAGGUCGGACUUUCUGAACCAGGGGCCGUUCACCAAGAGUCUCUCCGCGGAAGCUCCACCUCCAUGGAUGCCUUAACAUGUGAACAGAGAUCUUUGAGCCACUCCAGUCCUGCGCGCCGCUCCCCUCUUCUUCCUUGUGGAUCUAGCUCCUGGGGAAGCCGUCGCUCCAGCUGGAAUAGCCUGGGAAGAGCACCGAGCCUCAAAAGACGAGAUGCUAGCGGAGAAAGAGAGAGUCUGUUGUCCGCAGAAAGAGGAGAGGAGGAAAAUGGUGUGGAUGACAGUACCGAUGCUGGCGGGUAUGACAAAAGAAUCCAGCCGGAACCCUUGGAGCUGCUGCAGGCAUCCACUCUUUGCCCUUCCAUUGUGGCCCAAUAUGGUGACUGUAAUGGGAGGAGCAUGAUUUACAAUCCCAACGUGAACACUGAGUCCAAAGAUGAAUCCUUGCCUGAAGAUGACAUGGAUGAUGACAGUUCUCUUUGCUACGUGAUCAAGAAAGAGCUCCGCAAUAUGAAACCUCACUGGUGCAAAGAACAUGAAGAAUGGACGUUGUACUUGUUUUCACCAGAGAACUCAUUUCGUGUGUGGUGCCAAAGUGUGAGCUCUCACAAAAUGUUUGACCAUGUGGUUCUGGUUUUCAUCUUCCUCAACUGCAUCACUAUCGCUCUGGAAAGACCUAAUAUACAGUCUCAUAGCACGGAGCGAAUAUUUCUUGGAGUGUCCAACUAUGUUUUCACUGUGAUCUUCCUAGCAGAGAUGGCCAUUAAGGUGGUAGCGCUCGGGUUCUGCUUUGGGAAGCAGAGCUACCUUCAGUCCAGUUGGAACGUUCUGGAUGGUGUGUUGGUUUUUGUGUCUAUGGUCGACAUUCUGGUCUCUCUGGCAUAUUCUGGUGGUAACCGGAUCCUGGGUAUCCUCCGAGUUCUACGCCUGCUCCGCACAUUGCGCCCACUCAGGGUGAUCAGUCGAGCACCGGGAUUAAAAUUAGUCGUGGAGACGCUCAUCACUUCUCUUCGACCCAUCGGCAACAUUGUCCUGAUCUGCUGUGCUUUCUUCAUUGUUUUUGGCAUCUUGGGAGUGCAGUUAUUCAAAGGAAAGUUCUACCAUUGUGAAGGUCUUAACACCAAAAAUAUCACCAACAAGUCAGACUGUCUGCAAGCUAAUUACAGCUGGAUACGAAGGAAGUACAACUUUGACAACCUGAUUCAGGCUCUGAUGUCUUUGUUUGUCCUGUCAUGUAAGGACGGCUGGGUCAAUAUUAUGUACGACGGUCUGGACGCUGUGGGAGUGGACCAACAGCCUGUGAGGAACCACAACCCGUGGAUGCUGCUCUACUUCAUCUCUUUUCUGCUCAUCGUCAGCUUUUUUGUCCUGAACAUGUUCGUUGGUGUUGUGGUUGAGAAUUUCCACAAGUGCCGGCAGGACCAGGAAGAGGAGGAGGCCCGCUUAAGGGAGGAGAAGCGGCUCAAAAUCAUAGAAAAAAAGCGCAGGAGUAAGGAGAAUGGAGGGGCUGAGGCCAAACAGAGGCCCUACUAUGCUGAUUACUCCACCCCUCGCUUGACCAUCCAUACACUGUGCACCAGUCACUACCUGGACCUCUUCAUCACCUUCAUCAUAUGCAUCAAUGUGUUCACCAUGAGCAUCGAGCACUACAAUCAACCGCAGUAUUUGGAGGAGGUUUUGAAGUACUGUAACUACGUGUUUACCUUCAUCUUCGUCAUCGAGGCCCUGCUUAAACUUGUGGCAUUUGGGAUACACCGAUUUUUCAAAGACAGGUGGAACCAGCUGGAUAUCGCAAUUGUGGCAUUGUCCAUCAUGGGCAUUAUCCUAGAGGAGCUGAAAAUGAGUGCAGCUCUUCCUAUAAAUCCUACAAUUAUCAGAAUUAUGAGAGUGCUCAGGAUAGCACGAGUACUUAAACUCCUAAAGAUGGCCACAGGCAUGAGAUCUCUGCUGGACACUGUCAUGCAAGCACUGCCACAGGUGGGAAAUCUUGGUCUCCUCUUCAUGCUGCUUUUCUUCAUCUAUGCCGCCCUGGGAGUGGAGCUCUUUGGCAAGCUUGAAUGUAAUGACAACAAUCCCUGUGAGGGCCUGAGUCGUCAUGCUACUUUUGAAAAUUUUGGGAUGGCCUUUCUCACACUGUUUCGAGUGUCCACUGGAGACAACUGGAAUGGCAUUAUGAAAGACACGUUACGAGAGUGUCAUCCAGAGGAACGCCAUUGUCUCUCCUACCUGCCGUGGGUCUCUCCCAUUUACUUUGUCACCUUUGUGCUCAUGGCCCAGUUUGUGCUUGUCAAUGUGGUGGUGGCGGUGCUGAUGAAGCAUCUAGAAGAAAGCAACAAGGAGGCUAAAGAGGAUGCAGAAAUGGAUGCAGAAAUUGCCAUGGAAAUGGCUAUGGAGCAGCAACGCAGAUUUAGCACCACUUCCAGCAACAGCUCAGGGGCAGUGAACUUUGUUGGGCCAUGUCCACAAUCGCCUGGCCAGGAAGAAGAGGUGCAGUGUGGUGAGGAUGCACAGCAGGUAUCUGAGAAGAUGUCCGUAUCCAGGAUGCACUCUUUGCCCAACGACAGCUACAUGUUCCGACCCGUGCGACCCGCCAGUGCUCCUGACCCUCUGGAGGAGGUGGACGUUAGUGCUCAGGACCAACAUUCAGGCUCGCUGACAUCGGUCCGUUCGCAGCCGUGUGAGAGUCGCGCUCUGCUACAGGUUCCUGAUGUUUCCCCUGUUCACCCGCGACCAUUUGCUUCCAUCAACCUUCCCCGCAUUGCCCCGCCUUCGCCCCACCCCUCUCCGCGGGCCCUGCGCAGACAGGUGGCAGUUAAAGUUGAUUCUGUGGAAGUCCAAAGUUGUGAGCAACAAGAGAGGCCAAACCCUGUCCAUCUUCCUCUGCCGUCUCCUUCAUCACGUUCUCCCCUUAAUCCUUCACCAUCUCCCCUACCUCCUCCCCCACCCUCCUCCCUCUCAGUUCUCUACCUCCCACCCUGCGGUCCUUUUCCAUUUCCACUAGCUUCCCUGUCUUCAUCUCCUCUCCCUCCUUUACGGUCCUCCCCAACCUCCCUCCCUCCUCCACCUUCCUCACCCUCGCUUCUUCUCCCUCCACCUCGCUCUCCACGCUUCCCAUUGCGCACUGCAAGCCUCCACCGGCCGAGACCGCCCUCCGCCGCCUCCCUCUUCGACCCGACUGACGAAGAGGUGUGUCACAUCACCAGCUUGGCCCGCCACAGGCAUAUUGCCGAACUGGGAAGCGGACAGGAGAACAGAGCGAAGGCGGGACGCAGCCACUCCCUCUCUCCAUACACUGACUCGACCUCUCCGCCUCCUCUCUCUUCAUUGCCGCGGCCCUCCUCCAGGAGGCUGCUUGGAGCAGAUUUGAAGGACCGAGACUUUAGAAAAGGCUUUAGCGUCGACACCCAGGCGUUCCGUCAGCCGUCAUUCUUGUCUGCCGGUUACUUUGACGACCAUCGGCGCCACUCCAUUGAGGUGUGCCUCCCACAAGAUGGCGCCAUCAGUGAUGAUCAACACUUUAAGUUGGGGUUCCACAAAGAGAAGUGCAAUUUCCCAAUGAGGGUGCAGUCAGUUGGAGGUGGGCACCGGAAGAAGAAGACAAGCCCUCCGUGCAUAUCCAUUCACCCCCCUUCCGAGAGGGAGCACCCGCCCUCACCCCCAAAACUGGCGGACUGCAGUAUGAUGCUAAGACGAAGGACGCCGUCUUAUGACUUGACUGCACACACGCAGUCGAACAAGCAAGACAUCUUUGUGGACAUGCAGGCGCAUUCAUCAAUCCACCGAGCGCUCACGCCUGUCCACGUGCCACUACAAACACACUCGCCGACACACACCCUGAUGUCCUCGCCGACCUCGACACCCACACGCGCGUACACACCACCGCUGCCGUCAACCCCUACACACCCGCCCAUCCCAAUCAGCCCGAACAUCUUCAUCCAGCCUCAUGCGCCUCUCGUCCCGAGGCCUUUCUCACAGACGCGCCCCAUCUCGCCUGCCGCACGACACGCCGCUCUCACAAGGGACUGUAUCCCCUUGCCCCAGUUCACUUUCGACCAACCACAAUCCAGAUACCUGUCGGAUGCAGAUCCCGCACCGUGCGCUUCACCUUUUGACAACAAACUGGGAAGUGGAUUCACCGCAAAGAACCGGAGGACCGCCCAAUGAAUAUCAAGAGGAGGAAGUGAAUUCACCGGUCCAAAAUCUGCUGAGCUGGAGAAUGUGCUGACCUCAGGAGUAUUGGGAAAAGUUUUCUGGGAGAUGGAUUCUUUUGUGUUUAUGAAUUUUGAAGAUUGCUUCCCCCAGAGAGACAGACACGAGCACCGUCCAUCCCAGAAUCAUAGACAAUGGAUCUAUCCAGCUCCACUUGGGCGGCACUGAACAGUUAAGGACUAAAGCCACCUAACUCUGUAGCCAAAGUGUUUCUUUUUUUUUUUUUUUUUUUGGACACACUGUCUACACCCACGCGAGCCAAUCAGGAAGCAGCGUCUGGCUGACAACCUCUGACCUUUACAGUACAGGAAGUGGUUUAUGAAAUGCAAGCAUGGGGCGGGAUUGUGGGAUAUGCAACUUCAGGUUUUCUACAGAAGUUCUGCUUGCCCCUCCUCUGCUCCUUGAUCACAUUGAUUCGAGCAGGUGUGAGUCUAUCCGUCUGUGUGAGUGAUUGUGUGUGUGUGUGUCUGUGUGUGUGUGUGUGUGUGUGUGCGCGUGUGCGUGUAUGAUGAGUGUUUGUACAUUUUCUUUGUUGUGUCGCCAUGUUUUCUUACACUUCUUUCUUGACAGCGAGGGGAAGCAGGACAGAGCUGUAGUGUGUUUAUGUAUCUGUGCAGUGUAAAUAAAGAAAAUACUUUAUUUGGUGAGGUUAAAAUAGCUCUAUCCAUAUGCACAUAUUUUUAUAGAGAUCUAAAGUGUUUUUGCACACAAAUUUGAAUUUCAAGUUGCUUAUUUUUCUUUGGUUUUCCUCUUGUGAAUGUAUGUUUCCUUUCCAAAGCCAGAGAGGGAGAGAAAUUAAGUAUCGGCUAAUUCUCCUCAAAUGGAUGAUGUAGAAGAUUUGAUUUUAUUUUUGUAUUUUUAAAAAUAAGAGAAUCAUAUGUGUGUGAUGUGUUUCUGUAGUUUUGUCUCAAACUCUUGAGUCUUGAUUACAGCCUUCAGGAGUGGCCUCAGUGAUGCAAGUUAAACUGAUGUGAAACUCUCCAUCAAACACAUUUUGGGUCCAAUAAUCUAACUUGUACAUUAGGAACAAAAGAGGUUUGACUAAACCUGUGGGAGUCUUCAUUUUCUAUAUUGAAACAAUAGAACCUUUAAGGAAACGAUCAGUUCCUGAAGAAGAUGUAAUCUAGUAAGGAAGUGCUCAGAUUUAGAGCAUACGCCCUUGCUGCACCCGAUGUAAGGAAAAGUAAUUUUUCCAUAAAGUUCAGGUUUCCACAAAUUUAUUUAGCCCUAAAUUUUGGUGAGAAUUUUCACUCCCGUAUUUGCAUAAACAAGCUAAAUAUACAUGAUUUCAUUGCGGGGAUGAAAUAGAGUAAAUAUAAUAAUAAUAAUAAUAAUGAAUGAAAUAAAAAUGUGUCCUACACAGUUCACCCUUUGGAGUCCCAAUUAGUCAAGAUAAAGGCAUGGGCAACAACUUAAACGUAAGCUGGCGAAUAAGUUUCAAGUAUGAACUUGUCUGUUGCAUCACUGAGCCUUCCGACUGGAUCAGCUGUGACCUCAUUAAGGGUUUCUGUACAUCUAAAGACAACCAAACCAACUUACUUACUAGUUAUGUGUAGCCAGAGUGCAAUAAUAUUACUAUAUAUAUAUAUAUAUAUAUAUAUAUAUAUAUAUAUAUAUAUAUAUAUAUAUAUAUAUAUAUGUAUAUACACAGUAUAUGGAAAAUAUAAUGAUCACAACUACAUUGAUCAACCACAUUCUUAUGUUCACACAUACCGUCAGAACUAUAUACUGUAUCACAUAAACCGAUUUUUUUUUUGCCGAGACUGGCUGGCAGCAGCGUAACGUACUGUAUAAUUCUCUGAACGCUCAGGCUUAACUUAAUUGUUUUAUUGUAAGCAGAGAAAGAGACUGAGAAAUUCAUCCUCCAGUUGAAUUUUCAUCAAGGCUUCAGAUAAGCAUAACACAUUAAUAAUAAUUAUUUGAUGAGAAUGAAAAUGAAUAGAACUUGAAUUGGUGGUAAUUGCAUGUUUUUUCUUUACUUGAAAAUGCUUUAUUUAUUGAUUUAACCCGAAUUGGCUUUGAAAUAUGUUGUGUUUUUGUGGCAAAAUACAACGUUUUCAGUGCAUCAUAUUUGUGGACUAUGUUAGAGCAGGACUCACGCAGACGCAAUGUUGCUAUAAAAUGUCCCAAUUUGAACUUUAUUAACAUUUUGUUCAAUGUUCUACAAAAUUCUUGUGAGAACACAUUGCGCCAACAUAUUGGAUGUAAUGGCGGAAAACUCAACUGGCAGCCAAAGAGUGCGGAGGAGAAAGUAUGACAAAUAUAACUCGAAGCCAUACAGUACAUGGCAAAGCACAAUAUGUAUAUACUGUAUAAUAUUUCAUUUUGUCCAUAGUCACAUAAGCAAGAAGAAUAUUUAUGAAGUUACUUUGUUUAAAAAAAAUAAAAUAAAAUAAAAAAACAAUGAACACAGGAUUUUGCAUUGUUACAUUUAUAAAUAGUAGUAAUGAUAAUUGGAUUUCCAAUGAAUAUCAAUACCACCAUCAUAUGUCUAGUCUUGGUCAUUUGGACAAUUUAUUUUAUUCAUUUUGAAGUUGAAAACAUUUUCUAAUAAUGCCUUAAAAUUUAAAAUUCAAUUGGGUUCAUCUUUCGGAAGGUUAUAAGUGUGAUAAAUUAUUAUUAAAUCUAUGUAUAUGUUCCACUAUUUCGCUGCUGUUAUCCUGUCUUGUUCUAAACGUUAAGAUUAUGUGGCGUCAAACAAAGAUGAAAAGAAAGUAUACAUCAUAUUUGUAAGUCUUGCAGGUCAACGUUAAGUAUAUGACCUUGGUUUAAUUGUUCUUUGAGUAACCUUCAUUUGUUUAGUUUUUUUGUGCAUGUGUAAGAAAUUUUUUUUCAUGGACCAUUGGAAUAUGAUAUCAAAAAGAUGUUGCUAAAUGAUGGAUUCUGACUUGUUGCUCAAACACUUUCUGUCGAAACUUGUUUUGUUUUCAUGUCUUCUUGCACAGAUUGUGGCUCAUGGGAGGUCUUAAGUCUUUUGAGUAAAGCCUCUGCGUCUUUUUUUUUCCCUUUUCUCUCUUUUGGACCUAAUGCAGUCCAGUCUCAUCUACAGUUUGCCAUAAGCAACUUGUUAGUUCAGUAACGUGACUGCAUCAUUUUUAUUUAAUUUUAUUUUAUUUUUUACAAUUUACAGAUCUUUUGAUCUCACUAUUUAACUCCUAUUUUUGAGGAAGCAGUUUAGGACUAUUGCAUGUUCUAAUUCAGAAAAAAUACAUUUUGGGGAAAGAAUUAUCUGGAUGUUUUAGAGAUUUUAAUAUUUACAUUUUGAACUGUUUCCAUUUGUAGACUGACUACCUAAGCACUGGGCUCUGAUUAAUUGGUAUCUGAUAUAAUACUAAUUAAAAGAAGACCCAUUUCUUUAUUGUCCAAUGCAAUACUGGGUGGUUAUUUGCUGUAUGAGGAAACCUCCUCAUCAUAAUGCAGUUUUAUAGAAAGAUAUGGAAACCUUUUGGUCCUGUUGUUAAGAACUAAUGUUCUUUAAUCGUUUAGGUGAACCUUUUUUCACGUUCCUCCUAAUACUCUCAACAUAUUAGAACUUUGCAAACUGAUUACUUGAUACAGUAUAUAUUUGAUGUAGGAAUAGCGUAGACCCUUAUGCUCUCUAAAAGCCUUUUAAUCUUACGAUACAUUGUUCUGGCUUGACAAUAACUCAGCCUCAAAGUGAUGCUGAAGAUCCUCAAUACAACAAUGUUUCAGACACUUCUGGGACAAACCAGAAGUCUUGUUGUUUCGCAUCUCCCAGUUGAACCCUUUGAGUAGUUGGCCCAGGCACCACUAAACCCCCAGGCCUUAUAAUGAGGGGAGUUGGUGUCUUGAGAAAGUCUGCAAUAAAGUUUUUCCCAUCCCUGAAAGAAAGAGAGAGGAAGGGAAAGCAGAGGCACUCUCCAUGAUGUAUCUCUGAUGAUUAUUGUGUGACGGCCGCAUUGUCCUGGAGGAUGUAUCCCUGUCAAUUUAAGAAAAAAUACAAGAUUUUUCAUUCAAAUGUAA